UUGUGUGUCUUCUCUCUCACUUCCUAAACCCCUCUCUCGCUUUCUCUCUCUAUUUGUUUCUUUCUCGCUCUAAAACUUUCAGUUCGAAAACAAUCUUGGAAGGGCCAUGCGCUUUCAACUUCUCCACGGAACCAAAUGAUUCGUUGCGUGGAGUUUUAGGUUUCGAAGAAUUUCUUCCGAUUUUUCGCACAUUGAGGCCGAUUGGGCUAAAAGCCUCGCGCGUGUUUUGCUUCGUCUGCACUGCUGUACCUAAUUAGGGUUCCGUGAGAAAUGAGAGAGGGGCUGAGAUCUCGGACUCGAGUGGGGACGGUUUCUGGUGGUGGAAGAGUUGCUCACAAUGAAACGAUUGCUGUCAAGAAUGAGACUGUUGACUUGGGUGGUGAGGGUUCAGAGGCUCGGAACUCGUCGGCUGAGAAGAAGGGCGAAGUUGAACGGGGUGUAAAAGAAGAAUGUGGCUUCGAUUUGAAUGUGAGUGCGAGUGGAAAUGUUGACUUGGCUGAGAACGGGACCGGUAGUUGUUUUAGCGGUGGGGGUAGCGUUGUAGUAGCUGAGGUAGAUAGGAAGGCAAAGAGUGAGCGAGGUUCAGGUGAUGAGGUAUUGGCUGGUGGUCGAGUGUUGCGCUCGAGGUCAAAGAGGGGGCAUGACAGAAGAUUGUACUAUGGAGAGAAUGAUGAUGUUUUUUCUGGGAAUGACGAACAUAGUGAGUGUGAGAGGGUGAAAGUUAAGAAGGAAUUUGAAGAAGCUGAUGAAUCUUUAGCUGACAGUUGUGAGGAUGAAGUGCUUAAGGUGAGGAAGGUUGGGAAUGGCAAAAGGAAAUUGAAACGGAAGCGUGGGAGGCCUCCCAAAGUAGAGUUGAAAGAGGAAGGUCAAUCCAUUGAUCAGUUGCCACCUAAGCGUAAGCGUGGAAGACCUCCCAUGGCUGGCCGACAGAAGUCACAAAACCAUCUUGUGACUGUGGCGGCACAUAAUAGAAAAGGAAAGGGAGGCCUUCGAAAAGGUAAAGAUCGAUUAACUAAGAAAGAUGGUGCUAAUGCAGAUCCAAUGGAUGAUACAAAUUCAAUGGAGUCUGCUGGGGAUGAGUUAGAAAAGAAGGAAUUUUCUCCUGUCAAGAAGAAUAAAUUUAGUAAGGUUUUGGAAGCUGACAACAAUGUGGUGGCCUCACCAUUAAGAUCAAAUACAGUGAAUGCAAAUGCCAAUGAGAAAAGUGGAAAGAAUCAAGUAAAGCAGUUUGUGAGGGAUCAAAUUAAGGAACGGCUCUCAGCUGCAGGCUGGACAGUUGACUACAGACCUAGGAAUGGUAGAGAGUACAAAGAUGCAGUGUAUGUUAGUCUGGAUGGACAUACACACUGGUCAAUCACCUUGGCCUACAAAAGGCUUAAAGAGUAUUAUGAAGCUGGUACUGGUGAAGGUAAGGCAUAUGGGCCCGGCUUCAAAUUUACACCAAUACCAGAAGAGGAUUUCCAAAUACUAACCAAGGUAAUUAACAAGCAAAGAAAAUGGAAAGAUAAAUCGGUACAUAAAGGGGGAAAGGGUAGAAAGGAAGUUGAUGGAGUCAAUGGUAAAAGGAAUAAAGAAAAGUCUGGUUCUGGUGCAGGCUUGGGUAAGUCAAUGAAGAGGAAAAUGAAAAGGAAAUGGUCACAUGGAAUCACUGAUGUUGCAUCACAUAACAGGAUGCCAGUUCUUGUGAGGGAUCAUAAGCGACACAAAACACAAAACAAGAAGCGAAGUGGUCUGUUGGUUCGCAAUGCUGAGGAGAUAGAUUCAGACACUGAGGGAUAUGUACUGUACAGUGGAAAACGAACUUUGCUUGCCUGGAUGAUUGAUUUGGGUACAGUCAUUCAAAAUGGGAAGGUUUGUUAUAUGCCAGACAAAAAUAAAAGUGCAGUUCUGGAUGGUAAGAUCACAGAAGAUGGUAUUCAUUGUAGCUGCUGUAAUAAAAUUGUACCUAUUUCGGAAUUUGAAGUACAUGCAGGAAGUGAACUUGCUGAUCCACUUAGAAAUAUAUAUGUGGAGGAAGGAACUUCCCUUUUACAAUGCUUGCUAGAUUCAUGGAAUAAACAAGAUGAAUUUGAACGUAAAGGUUUUCAUUUUGUUGAUGUUGCGGGUGAAGAUCCAAAUGAUGAUACAUGUGGUGUCUGUGGAGACGGUGGAGACCUGAUAUGUUGUGAUGGUUGCCCAUCAACAUUCCAUCAAGGCUGCUUGGAUAUAAAAAAGUUUCCAUCUGGUGAUUGGCACUGCGUCUAUUGCUGUUGCAAAUUUUGUGGGUCUGCGGUUAAUGGAAGUUCAAGCCAAAGGGAUGACAAUGAUGAACUUGCUGUAUCAAAAUUACUCACAUGCCAAUUAUGUGAGGAAAAAUAUCACAGAUCCUGCAUUGAGGCAAAUGAUGCCAGUACUGAUGAUUCCACGGAUGUCUUCUUUUGUGGAAACAGAUGUCAAGAGUUAUCUGAGAGACUUGAAAUGCUCCUAGGGGUUAAACAUGAAAUUGAAGAUGGUUAUUCUUGGACUUUUAUUCAACGGUCAGAUGUUGGUUUUGAUGCUUCUCAAAUAAAACCUCAGAUGGUUGAAUGUAAUUCUAAACUAGCUGUUGCAUUAUCGAUAAUGGAUGAGUGCUUCAUGCCAUAUAUUGAUCACAGAAGUGGUACCAAUCUAAUCCACAGUAUUCUGUAUAAUUGUGGGUCAAAUUUCAAUCGUCUGAACUAUAGUGGAUUUGUUACUGCAAUUCUACAGAGAGGUGAUGAGAUCAUCUGUGCUGCAUCUAUCAGGAUCCACGGGAACCAACUAGCAGAGAUGCCAUUUAUUGGGACCCGCUAUAUGUAUAGGCGACAAGGAAUGUGCCGCCGGCUUCUAAAUGCCAUUGAAUGGGCACUCAGCUCUUUAAAUGUUGAGUUUUUGGUCAUACCAGCUAUCUCAGAACUCAGAGAAACUUGGACUUCUGUUUUUGGGUUUGAGCCACUUGAAUCAACAAACAAGGAAGUAAUAAAAAAUAUGAAUCUGUUGGUAUUCCCUCACGUAGAUAUGUUACAGAAGAAGAUACCAAAGCAUAAAUUGGCUGGCCAAAAUCUGAUUCCGACAGAAGUUUCCAAUCUUACGAGGAAUCAAAUAGCAAAUGCUUGUGAUGGAACAGGCUCACAUGGAACUGAUUUGGUCAAUUGUAUGGAUAUCCCUCCCUGUAGUGCAUGCAAGAUAAAUGAUGAAACCAAAUCUAUUGAAUGUGGUUGUCAUCUUCCUGGGGGUUUAUUGAAUAAAGUACCUGACAUUGCUAGCAAUACUAUAGAUUGUCGGAAAUCUUCAAAAGAUGACACAAGUAAGGCAGUUCGUGAAAAAUUGGUGAUUGAAGACAGCAACAAUAUUGAAAAUGCAUGUGAUUAUGUAACUGAUACUUGUUGCCCUGCUGAACAUAGCCAGUUGAACAAUUGCCGGGUUCCUUCUGAGGAGAGAGGAUGUCUUAUGUCUUGUAUUAGCACUGAGGCUACUGAAAGAUAUGAUGUUGGUGUUUCAUUUGAGGUUACCGAAAACUUUCCCAAUCAGGUCAAAGUAGCAAUUAAGGUUAUUUCAAAUAACGACCGUGCUGAAAACUCUUCACCCUGUGGAGCAGAAAGUAUUCCUCUUGACUCACAAAUUGUGUUUGGUACAAGGGAUUCAAAAGAUUCUGGUGACUGUAAUAACCAGGAUGCAUAUAAGAUUUCUGAUAGUUGUGGACCAAGAAGCAAGACUGAUUGUGGUCAACCAGACUUUACAGGAAUAAAAGAAGUACAUGUUGAAUCUGCUAGUGUCUUUGGUUUUCAUUCUAGACCCAAGGGUGAUUGUGCCUGUGGUGAAGCUGAUUCCACAACUGACGUCUUGAUGCACCUUAAAUCAGAGAACAUAACCAAUGAUAAGCACUGGAUGAAAGGGUCUUCAGAGCUAGCUGAGCCUGAUUCGCAGGUUGAUCAAACUGCACGGAGCAAUGCUCCCUCCUUGUGGAGCCCAAACACUGCUUCUGGUGCGGCUCUUCACUGUGCAUCUGCUGGCAGUGCUUCAUGUAGUAGUGCUGAGGGGAUAGUUUUGUCAAAUCAAGCCAGUUGAUUUGUGUUUCAUUUGUAGUUAUAAAUAGGUUAUCUUUUAGGGGUAUUCACUGACACAAGGAAUCUAGAAAUGCAAUCUGGAGGGUGUUACAGAAAAACCCUUGGUCUUUGUACUUACGGACGGACGAGAUUGUAUGUGUAUUUUGGAAAAAAGGUGGUUUUUAGAGUAGGGUGAUCUUACAUUCAGGGUGUUUCGCAUAGGAAUUCUUGCAAGUUUCUCGGAAAUCUUAAAUUGGGAGUGUUAUUCCCUUAUUUGGUACGAAGUUUUUUAAAAGCAUAUUUAGAAUACAAUCAUUCCUGCAAAUGGUUAUUUUAAUUAUUGUUUCUCAUCAAAACAUUCUCAUGGAGGGAUGAUUUAAAGAUUUCCGUAAAGGUGAUCAAGUGUUAGACUGUCUGCCAGAUUCAUGUUAAUAUUUCUAAGAGACUUUUGAACAUA